AUGCCUCGAAAUGAGAGGCCAUUGUGGAUAAGACAAGAACUGAAGAGGACUGAGGAGUCAAAACUCAACAAUAUGGAGAAAUUACACGCUGAAACCUUUUGGGAUUUCAAAGGAGAAGAAUACAGCGACAAUAAGUUCCUAAUGGCCACCCCGUAUCCAGUAGCUGCAAUACUAGUGAUGUACCUUUGGUUCGUGUUGAGAUUCGGUCCACAAUUCAUGAAGGACAGGCAGCCGUACAACUUGAAGUCUUGGCUAUUGUUCUACAAUGCAGCUCAAGUCAUAAUUUCUGUGAGCCUCUUCGCUUUGGGUAGUCGGUACCUUUGGAAAUAUGGAUUAUGGCAUUCAACCUGUUACUGUGAAAGAGAUGGCCUUAGAGAACAGCUUCUCGAUGGCAGUCACUACUACUUCCUAACCAAAGUGGUUGAACUAACCGACACGAUAUGCUUCGUUCUUCGCAAAAGACAGAGGCAGGUCACCUUCCUCCACGUCUACCAUCAUUCAAUAAUGGUGAUGGCUACUUGGGCGAUCGUCAAGUACUCCAGAACUGACAACACCGUGUUCCUGGGGGUGAUAAAUUGCCUAGUUCACGUGAUCAUGUACGCUUAUUACGGUCUUUCGGUCUUCCCGGAGCUCCACAGAUUCUUGUGGUGGAAGAAGUACAUUACACAAAUGCAACUAGUGCAGUUUUCUCUGAUGUUCCUCCAUAUAGUGGUCAGUCACAUGGUCUCGGAAUGCCGCCCCGCCUAUUUCCUUUUAGCCUCCGUAUGUUUUAACACCGUCCUCUUCAUGUACCUUUUUGGAGACUUUUAUGUGAAGUCCUACGUUAAAAAAUAUACUAACAUGAGCAUUGUCAAUGCUGGAAAAAAGAUUGGCGCCAACAUCGCCAGUAAAAAUGGUAUUAAAUACAUAGUAGACCAACACAGGUAUUUUGGCUAGCAAAAUUCAUUGAUUUGUCAAUUGAUUUUGUUUUUUUUUUUAAAGAAUUAUAGAUAUUGUCUUUGGACACCUUGUCUGAUACUCGACUUUUAAUCGAAUAAGGGCUGAUUUUCAAUGGUUAGAUAAAAGUUACAUGGCG